AUAUACGUCAUAGUAUACUUCUUUCUCUUUUUGCCCGUCGCGCACAGCUGCCUCCGGUCAGUACGUUAGAGUUAUUUGUCAGUUGCGGACGUCAGUGUUAAACUCACAUAUAUUUACGUGGUCGAAAAAUAUCGAACCGUUACGGAUACGAGUGUCAAAUACAUUACAAUUUCUAUUUGACGGUGCCGUAAAAGUGUGGUAUUGUUAUAAUAGGGUAAAUAAGUUACUUUCCUUUUUUAAUCGGUUCCGAUAUUAUGCGCUGCUUUAGCUAUUGUUUCCAAAACAUUGAAAGUUUGUGUAAUGUCACUCGAGGAAACAGUGCGGCGGUGAAUCGGUAUGCAGAAUAGGGAACUGUAACAAUUGUUAGUGUGUGCGUGUGUUACGGCUCAGUGGUUUAGCGGUUUUCAGUGUCCCCCAGUGUUGAAUUGCUAGAGUUACGUUCAAGACCUGACUGAUGGGAGAUUGUGUUGGGUUUAGUCGAGAAGAGCGUCAUGCGGGCUCUCGGGAUUACGUCUAGUGUCUUUGGAGACCGUCAAAACGGCCGCUACGGAAUUAACACCGGUCCUGGCACCACAGACGGGCGGUGCAGACAGCGCCAGCGGAGGUUCUGGUGGCUCAGGCAUGGAGUGCCUGCAGCUGCGCUCGCCUCCUGGACCCUUUGACUACCUCAUCUCGGAGCAGGCUAAGUCUCUCGUAGCUCUACAGGAACUCCAGAAUGAGGUCGGAGCAUUACUCGAAUUUCGCGAUCUCGUCAUCGAGACAUUCCCGAACUUGCGCUCUAAGAUGGCGCCAUCGACACCGGCGAGCGGUACACGUAGGGACUGGGAACCCGGAGUGCGUGUGCGACGUAAGCUCGCCGGAGGCAGUGGAGAUACAGCGAGGACAAAACCGCAGCCAUCAGUUCAGGAUUCCGGUUUCAGUACGGAAACAUCUUGUGGCAAAGACGCCCACUCCUCGGCCUCUGCGUCCGCUUCCGCAUCUCGCUCUCGCCCCCUCGAAGAUGAACUCUGGGCACUUCUCGAUGUUAUACAGCGAAAAGGUGUUCGAUUACGGGACGAAGCUGAAUUAUUACGAGGUGAACUCGACGAAAGACCAUCGGAAACAGCAGAGGAAUCCUUUGCACGAGCAUUGUCCACUGGAUGUGGGAACUGCACGGAUUUGGUCCGGUUACGCACCGAGAGAGACGCGUUACUCGCGCAUGCAGCUCAGCUGGAAGCUGCUGCGGCUGUCAGCCCACCACCUGCCGCCACCACCCCGCUCGGACGACUGGACAAUGCUCUGGACACGCCAUCUCGACCGCCGCGCGUUCCGACCCCGGACUCGAAGAAGUUCGCUGCGAUUCUCCUCGAGAGUAAUCCCGUCGAACUUCAACGACAACUGCUCAUAUCCACCGUUCAAAAUCAGGUGAUCAGUUCUAAGUUAAGGCGAGAAGCGGCGCACCGCACUGUGCUGCUGGAGAAGCUGGAGCGAGCACGGGACCAGAACGAAGACCUCAAGUUCAGACUGGAGGAGAAGAGCAUAGAGCUCGAGGGCGCUCGCGCGCGCGUCCGGCAGCUCGAGGGCAAGCAGAGCCGCUCGCACAGCAGCAUGCGCGACAUGGAGCCGCUGGCGCUGCCGGCGCCCGCGUCGCCCGCGUCGCCGGCCGCGCCCGCGUCGCCGCGGCCGGCCGACACGCCGCGCGCGCGGCCGUCGCGCAUCCCGCGCCACACGCACUCGGCGCACAAGGCCGCCGCGCCGCGCCCGCCGCCGCGCCCGCCGUCGGCGCACUCGGCGCACUCGGGCCGCUCGGCGCGCUCGGCCGCGUCCACGCGCUCGGGCGGCGCGGCGCGCAAGGACGCCAAGUGCGCCGUGCCCGUGCGCCGCUCGCCCUCGCACGACAGCAAGAAGGCGCGCGAGGCGGUGUCGCUGGCGGCGGAGUACGUGGCGCGCGCGGGCCGCCUGGCGCCGCUGUUCCCGCGCCUGCGCCCGCUGCCCGCUGACCUCGCCUACGAAUCGCCGCGCAACCUCGCGCUGGAGCUGCGCGACUCGCUGCGCUACGACGAGCUGUGGGCCGGCCGCCCGCAGCGCUACUUCGAGAGUGUGCACGCCCGCGACGACUUCGACGACGACUCGCUCGCCUAGUCCCCCCCCCGCGCCGUGCCCGAAACUUUUAGUGCACGUUUUAUAUUUAUGUGGCAGGACCCGUGAUUCCCUUCGUCCCUGUGUUUGCGAGAGGCCUCGUAUGUAUUUCGUCUCCGGUAAUAUCUGUGAUAAUUUCACAUCUUGAAUUGAUUGAGUUCAUUAUGUUAAUUUCUCGUUUCGAACUUUUAUUUCGCGUAUUAAAUUCAUCAUCAUACUUAGAUUAACGAAUAUAUAGAUUCCUAUUGUACAGGCUCUAGAAAUUAUUUAUGAAUUACGUGUGAAUACGAAUUAUUAAAAAAAUAUAAUUAUCGAUAAAUUAAUAAUUAUAAUCGUUUAAUUCUUCUUAGAAAUGCGCGAAUUAUUUUUCGUUUAAUAUAUGUAAGUAUCUAUUUAAUAUAAUUUUAAAUCUUACCAUAUUAUAACUUGUAACUAAAAUUUACACCUUAAAAUUCUCUAGAUGUAUGAAUUAUGUGCCGUUGUAUAAGUUAUGUAAAAUGGUAGCUGUUUUAAAUUGUCAUUCCUAUGCCGAUGGCUCGACUGUAACUGUGUGAGAGCUUGAACGACUGUAGUAAGGCUGUGAAACGUGGCGUGUGACUGGAAUUAUUUCGCUAUUGUGAAAUUUAUAAUUAUUUAGCAUUUGAUGAAGAAAUAAAAAAAAAAUGUAUUACCGCGGCAGUCAGAUCUUGUAUUGUGAGCUCUGUUCAAACGUCCAAUGUCGUACGUCCGAUGCGAUAUCGCAGUGACUGCCUUUGCGUUGCAAGUUAACUAAAGGUUAGUCGGUUUAUAGGUUGUUUACAUACAGAGAUGGAUUACAAAUAGUAGGAGACUGAUUUUGUAUAAAGACAUAGUGAUAUGUUUUACGUGUUAAGAACCUCCGCUUAGUCUAAAUGUUUCGUACUAUUAUUAAUACUUUACUGUUAGAGAAUGUUAUUGCCCGUUGCGAAUCAACUUUAGCGCUUAGUAUGUAAUAUUCCAAUUCUACGAUGUAUUAAGGUUAUUUUAAAUAAUUUAAGUUUAGAUUAAAUUUAAAUAUGUAUAAUGUAAAUCAAACGUGUAAUGUACAGCUUCAUUCACGCUUUUGGAUAUUGUAAAUUAUUAAGCCACAGCCCUACUUUAAAGAUACUCAUAGAAUAUCUAGUUGACUUGAAUCUAGUUGAUGACCUGUGUAAAGUUGUACAGAAAUCAUAUCAAUAUAUACAAAUUACUCAAAUAAAUUGUUCAUAUCAAUUUAAA